UCAUGACCAAAGGUCAGCUGCCAAGACGGACACGCGCCUACGCGGUCAAAGCCGAGAGAGAAAACAGUAGUCGCUUUUGCUCCAACUGCGCAUUUCAGCCUGCCCAGCUUCAAUCGAGAAUCCUGAACACUAACCACAUCCGCAAUUGCCAACGCUCACUAGAGAGCCUCAGCUGCGUCCCCAUCGUUCGUGGUCUUACUCACGCUCGCUUGCUGCUUUACGGCAGUCACUUCCGCAGCACUCGGAUAGCCAUCGCCAUCAAGCCUUGCUCCAACUGUUCCCAGUGAGCACACAACAAAACCUGUCCACAUCGGAUCGAACCUAGAACGCCACGUUGGUCUGAAUGCAAUGGCAGCAGCAAGUGAUGUACCCCUUAUCAUCAUUUCGGAUAAUGCCCAAUCCGAACGACGCAUCUCACCUGCUUGGACUAUUGCUCAACUGAAAGGGCGCUUGGAACCUAUCACAGGCAUCCCAGCUUCAUCACAGAGACUAGUCUUGAAGGUCGCUUCUUGGCCUGACCAGAACCUUCAAACAGUCAACGAAGACAACACACAACUCGCCGCUUUCACUCUACAAAGCUAUGCAGAACUUCAUGUAGCAGACACUCGCCCAGCAGGACUCCGCACCAACUACACAGAUGUGUCAUCGGUUGAAAAAUAUGAGAUGCCGCCAGAUGAAUAUGAGAGCAGAACUGAUAGCGUUCUGCAUUGGAAGAAGACACAUCAGCUAGGCCGAUUCGACCCUAAUGCCCCGAGCAUCGAACAGCAGAAGGUCGCCGGCAUCGAGAGAGAGAUUGAAGAAAGAGGAAUCAAGCUGAAUGCACGUUGUCGCCUACUCGCUGCAAAUCAGACCGAAAGCUCAAUCGAGCGUCGUGGAACUGUGAAGUUCGUUGGCGCAGUUCCUGAGAUUCCUGGUAUCGGAGCUUGGAUCGGCAUAGCUCUGGACGAACCUACUGGUAAGAACGAUGGUACUGUCAAAGGCACUCGCUACUUCCAAUGCGGUGCCAAUUGUGGUGUCAUCGUGCGACCGGAGAGAGUUGAAAUUGGCAAUUUCGACGUCAUCGAUGAAUUCGGCAGCGAUGAGGAGUUCUAAGCCUUGCAUCGUGUCAGACAUCAAGUAUCGAGGAACAAUUAUCAUCAUGGAAUGUGGUGUAAAUUCUCCGAACUCUAAGUCGAGGACGCGAGGACCCGGCGCCUUUCAAGCAAUUCAAGCCUGGCUGCAUCCAGCGAGUGUUGGGCUAUUAUCACAAAGCUACUCGUAGAUUAUCAAUCAACCUUGCUGUCUCAUGAGGAGGCUUGCGCAAUGUCUCCAAACAAAAUACAAGCUGCUUCAAUGUCGCCAG